AUGCUACCGUCAGAGCUACCUAUUGAGAUCCUUUCGCAAAUUGCCGAACAUCUAUCCAAAAAGGACAAAGCUCUGUGUGCUUUGGCUUGUAAAAGAUGGAAAGUUCCGUUUCAAGAAUCCUUCUGGAAAAAUAUCAGUGCACAGUCUAUAGAAGAACUUUGUGAAAUUUGCACUAUCCCAAAGGACUCACUACACGAGAAUCCCUACGCUCUCGUCAAAAGUUUGGCGGUUGGUGGAAAAUCUACCUUUACUGCUUGGCUGGAAUGUGGUAUCUUUCAGAUAUUUUCGAGCUUGACACAUCUUGAUGUGAGAUGCUUACAUAUUCAGACUGUCGAUGUAUACGAUGCAAACCGUAGCGACUCAUUCAGAUCACUUAAGGAAAUGGAACAGCAAAAAGUUAUCAGCUUUAUCUCACAAUUCCCCAAUCUCGAAGAAGUAAAUAUAUAUUCUUACGAUGGACAGCGUAUAUUGACCUUUACCACGAGUGACAUAGACACUAUUCACAACAAUCUACCCCACCUGAAAUCUGUCAAGGGUCGUUUCUCUCUCGAUGAUAUCGACCAAGAUACUAUAGAUAAUCUUCAAAACACUAUACCUGCGCUCUCGGUAACAUCACUUGAUCUCAUCAUUACAAAGAAGGAUUGUAUAUGGUGCAGAUAUUUGGAACUUAUCAAGUUGACCAGACUACAAAUUUGUGGAAUAAUAUCCGAAGAAACGAAAGGAGUGAGCAUUGACAUGCCAUAUACAAAAACCCAAAAGUUAAUAUUCGACCGUGUUCAAUUCUACUCAUCGACCGAGCAUCUAAACGAAAGAACCAAAAUAAACUUGAUAUUGAUGUCCCAGCUCACCGAAGCCAGCCAGUCAGAUGAAAAUGAAGAAACAGCAGGUGUAGAAUCUUCUAUGAGCUACAUAUGUUGGCUUCACCGCUUCAAGGAGACAGAAAACGUUAAUAACUUUACGCAAUGGUACAGGGAGCUUUCGGAUCAAGAUUGCCAAGAAAUACUUGCUUAUUACCAUAAAAGCUCAUAUAAGAAGAAGAACAUCGGUACACAAGAAGUGCGAAAAGGUUUUGGCAGAAAGACAACGAAGAAGUUUUGGGAAGAUGAUCUUGGUAGAGGUUAUGUUGAAUGGGUGUGUAGCCCCCUAGUCGAUAAUAACGAUUCCUUAUCGCGUUUGAAGGACUCCAACUUUUAUAAUGUAUUUUUUUGGAGCUUGUAA